AUGAACUCUAUUAGGAACUACUUCUCAAACUGGUUGGGAUCGGAAGAGAUAGAGACGAAUAGUGAACCGCCUACCCCACAAUGGGUCAUUCACAGUGAUAAUAUAUCACUCGAUGGUCCACUGCCUGUUGAUGCAUCAGAUGGCGAUAAGUUCAUAUGUCGAUGUGGACAAUCAAAGAACUAUCCCUAUUGCGACAACUCUCAUGUCGUAUUCAAUCAGAACAAUGGAUCAAAUGUCGUACCCAUCAGAGUCGCCAUGGAGAAAGACAAGGUAGUCUUUGUCUGUCGCUGCGGCUACUCAAAGGAGAGACCAUUCUGUGAUGGCACUCAUACAAGAUUGAAGCACAUCAAGAACAGAGAGGACAAGGAGAACGUAGUUGAUUAUGUUAUUGUUGUGGCCAUCUAUGCAGCUGUGGCUGCGGCUUGCGCAAGGGCAUAUGUCACGCACUAA